AACACUGGCUGUCACCAACCGAUUGUCAGUGGUUGAGAGUGUUGAGUGGUUGUCAAGUUUAGGCCUGAGCCUGUCCUGUAUCCUGUAUGUGUAUAUAUUUUUUGUAUACAAGCUAUACAAGAAAGUUGUUGAGAUAUUUCUGAAAUGUUAUAAUAAUGUGUACAUUUUUAAAGUAAGCAUCCGAAUUAAUGUAGUACAGAUAUAAUUCCGUACACACGUAAGUCCAAAAUCUCGUUUAUUUAUUAAACAGUUCUUUAUCUGUAAAUACCAAGAAUUUACAACAUACUAAAAAAUUUCCUAUUUCAAACACGCACACCAUAUUUUUGUUUAAAAAUCCGCACUCACCUUGGUAAACAUGGAAUUGAUCACGAAGUUUGACGAGAAAGACUACUUCAACGAUCUCAAAAAUGAAUCGAAGGACUACUUUCAAAUAUUGCCAGAUGAUCUGAAACCUGCAAGUAAGGACUGCUUGACCCAAGACUCUUCCAGUGACGACGAAAGCUUGAACGGUGGUACACAAGACGUUCCAAGUGAAUGUGAAGAUUUUGAUCCUGUGAUCAAAAGUGUGAGAAAAAGCAGACGUAAAGCAUUGGUACCACAAAAAGCUGUCCAAGUAGAUGUUAGUCAAAACUUGACUCUGGAAAACAGCUCAGAGUCAUCUCAGGAUUAUGCAGAUAGCUUGAGGUUCUCUUGUAUUCAGAACCUGAGCUUAGAUUUGUCCUUUAAAAAUAGUCAAGAAUUGGACAUUGAGGAGGUAGAAUUUGCUGAUGAUUUGUUCUCAGAUUUUGCAGGAGACAAUAUAUUCAAAGAUCUACAGGAGGAAACAGGUGAACCAGUCGAUGAGGAAGCUAUAGAUAAUGUUAAGGAAGAAUGGAGGGCGCAGUGGGGCAUAAAAUGCAACAUGUGUGAGCAAGUAUUCCCAUUCAAGGUCGAGUUUGAUAAGCAUUACAUGGCCAGCUAUAAUCUGAGACCUGUAUACACAUGCACAUUCUGCAACAAGCCUUUGGAGAAGUAUUCCACAUUCAGGUCCCAUUGCUACAGGCACAUCACUGAAGGUCGUUACAAAUGUCCACAUUGCACCAAAGCCUUCAGCCUGCAGAGUCUACUUCAUGUCCACAUCAUAGCCAAGCAUACAAAGUCAAAACCUUAUAAGUGUGAAGAAUGCAACAGACGUUUUGUCACAAAACCCGGCCUCAGGAUUCAUAUGAAGAAACACAAGACUGAAACUAAGGAAGACUAUCCCUGUGUCGAAUGUGGUAAAAUACUUCAUACAAGAGGUGGUCUAACUUCACACAUGAAUGUCCAUCGUCUAGGCAGAAGAUUCAUGUGCGACGUGUGCGGAAAGACAUUCACACAAAAGGUGAACAUGCAACAACAUGUCAAACAACAUACUGGAGAUAAACCGUACGUUUGUGUCAAGUGCGGAAAAUCAUUAGCUGUAGGCAGCCAAUGCUCAACAAUCAAGUUAAACAAUUCUUGGAUACUGCUGAUGGACAUGUGAUGUUUAGCAUUGUCCACGAAUUUUUAGAAUUCUUCAAUUUGUACUCUACACUCUCUGUAUAUCAUGCUGAAGGUUAUUUUCAUGAUAAUGGUUACAAAGGAAGACAAAAAUUAGUUGAAGAUUUAGGUCUACCUAUAAAGGACGAAAGCAAGCCUAUACUAUUUCAUUUGCUUAAAAUUGCUCAAGUGCACUUAACAGGUGAUAUUUUGAACUCAAAUGUAAGUAAUUCAACCUCAAUUCACACAGGACGUGACAAGUCAACAUCAGAAUCCUCAUUAGAAGUAGCAAAAGAUUGUUCUGAAGUUGGAGUAAUAAACGAACAAAAUGGUAAUCUUAAUGCUACAUACUGCAUCAAUAAACUGAGGCUUAGUACUGAAGAUAGUAGAAUAAAUAAAUCAGAAUCUCUUACAAAUGGUUAUAGCAGCCUGGAAGAAGUAGAUGAAGAGGUAUCUAUGUCAGAUGCUGCCAUAGUUAUUAAUCACAAUAAGACUGCAGAAGAGGAAUUAGUUAAAGCAAUAGAAAAACAAAAACUUACACAAAAGUCUGAUAAAAUGAAGUCAAAAAGUAGCUUAAGUUCCCUAUCGGAUCUUCCACCGUUACAGCUGAACAGAUCUAGAGGAGAUAUGUUACCGUCUUUAUACAGCAAGGAAUUAAAGGAGCGAUCAAAUUUGAAGGAAUUAGAUAAGCUGUUUGAUGUUGAAACAGAAUAUGAAGAAGAUUUCACUUGGAAUGGCGCCAGUCUUUCCUCAGAUUUUAAACCAUUGCAUUCAUGCAAAGAUGUCAGGGAAGUUCCUAUUAAUAAUGAUUCAAGUACUUCAAAUUUAAAACCAGGAAGCAUUGACUUCAAAUCCACUUUGGCGCCAGCUAGUCAUAGAGAGCCAGAUCCUCCAGACCUAACUAAACUAAAGGAAGACCAAACUGUUGGCUGUAGUUCUAAAGAGCACUAGGAUUAUGUAUAUGACAUGUUAGGGACAUGUUAUACGAACGAUGAAAGCGCGAAGAAUUUGGCACAUUUCUGAUGUUAUACAAAUACCGAAAACGUGGCGUUGACAACACAUUCCCAAUCUCGAUCGCUCCACCAUGCCAGUUUGACGCAAUCAUAACAAAAAACUAUGAAUGUAUGCCUAAAACGUUGUUGCAUUCAUAGUUCUAUGGGGUUAGAAUAUCUGAGAAAUGAGGUGAUUUCAAGCCGUUGGAAGUUACAGUUGACGGGGUUAAUUAUUGAAAUGAGGGAGUAGAAUAACUGAGAGAAAGUGGACACGAUUGACUUACCUUUUAGUGAACUGUACUAUCGAAAACUGCUAGAAUAGUUGCUCCCUGAAUCAUUCUCUAGCGCAAAAAUACGGAAGUUUCGUCGUCGUCCAUCAGUCUCAACUCUAAGGAUGAAGUUAACUCUGUGAUGGAACGUUCUGUAAUAUGAAGGGCCUGGAGUAUUUUAUUUUGCAAAGGAUGAAUUCACAAACUUGUUUGACAAGUGCAUACAACUGUCAGAAUUUGGGAUCAAUCACAAAGGAAAGGAACUACACCCACUUUCUCUCAGAGAUUCUACUCCCUAGUUUUCUAGAAUUGAGGCCAAUGUCAAUAUGUUUACAAGGUACUCAACGCUCGGCCGUCUUGAUUGUAGUUCGUAUAAUGAUAUAUAGAAAUCCUAUUUUCCUUUAUAAGGAUAAACUGAUUUUGCCGUGACGUUUUCGACGUUCGUUUAACAUGUCACUGGGCUGGCACACACUGGGGAACCGCAGAGAAGAUCAUCGGGGAUUUCCCCAGGCAGCGGACACUGGUAAGAAAAAUCCUCCGGCGAUACUGCCUGCGUUCGUCAGCCUACCGUGGCAUUCUACCACCUUACCACAGUAUUUACAGCUUAGCAGAUUCUUGCUCAUGCGGCGUGCUGUAGUCGGUAUACCAGAACAAUUGCGUACUCUUCCAUAUGUGCAGCAAAGUGCUGUUCUGUCUGAGUAUCAGAGAGAAUCGAAAUUUGUGAAUUAUAGAUGCUGCGGAAAGCUGUCGGGAUGCCGACUGAUAGAUACCCAACAUUGAGCUAUCUAGAGAUCGAGAGGUGCUCAAGGUACCGCGGGAGGUUUUUCUUGUGUAUGUUCUGCCAGGAGAUUUUUAUUUAGAUAUUUCAAAAUAUAAUCUUCAGAUUAAUCACAAACACUGCGUCAAAAUGAAGUUCUGGCAUUGACUGUGCAGUUUUGUAACUGUGUAAAAGUCUCUGCCCCUUAUACCCGUGUCAUACUAGGAUCGUAUCCACGCAUGGUAAACGAUUCGUCUCAUUAGGUCUACUAGGUCUGAUUGUCCAGAUACCAGGCAAAAUCAGGGAGAAAGAAGGAAGUGGGAGAUCAAAGUGAAAGAAGUGCUUCGGUUGGAGGGUUGCAUUGUCAUUGCCAACUAGUAUUCGGAAAUUUUAAAUUCAUGCAAAAAUUGAUUUAAAGAUUAGUUGUGGAAAAAUUGUGAUCUUGUUAGGUGCUAAAAUUUUGUUCACAGUGCGAGUCUGUAUUCUACUCACUUGACAAGAAGUUGUUAUGGUCGACUAUAACCUCGGUACGCGUAAUCGAUGUAGUUCCUUAGGUGAGGGAUGUCAAGGUCUUUAUAAGGGGUCUCAUUUGAGACACCAUAGGGCGUAGUAUUCCAUUUAGUAUAACUAUUGGUGUUGACAGUUCUGUCAUUUCAUUCUCCAUAAUUCGAUGUCUCAAAAAUAUGUAUGUAAUCGACCUGUCGAUGUUCAACCGCAAUGACUACGUAUGCCGACGUUGCUCAUCCAGUACUAUUCAACACUGCACAUACCAUAUUGUCAGCAAAAUAUGCUAUGUUCAUAAUUACGGUGUAGUUACAUUUAUGCAUCACAUGUAAAGAAAAUUGUCAUGCCAGAUACGAUUCUAGUAUGAUACGAUAUAAUGGGCAUGUUGUAUAUUAUCUUUGCAAAGUGAGAGUACUAGUGUCUUAUAUCAGCAAUUUAAUCAAGUUAUCUACAAACAAACAUUGGUUAAUACAAGUUCUAAUAAAAUCACUAAUGGGAAUUGAUUUUUUGCAAUAUUUUCGAUAUGCUUUUAGUGUUAAAAAAGGAGUAUAGUCGUGCAAAUUUAGAAGCACAGUUUGUAGAAUUCGCAGGAAAGAGUGAUUUUAUAGUUUUUUCGCCGUUAUUCUAGGAAUUGUCAUGUUCCAUUCAUUAGUGCUCAUAUUUUUGUUGCCAUUUUUUAGUUUAGUUUUAUUUAUUUGACCUUAGGAAUAGAUAUACUCGUACAAGUAAUAACUAACUGUACAUUUUAGGUUAAGUCACUUGCAAUCUUGAGAAUUUUUGAUUUGUCUUGUUCUGAAAACACCUCAAUGUAUUAUGCAAAAUAUUUUUUUCAAGGAACCAUAUACAGAAAAUUCGUAAAGAACAAAAAAUAUGCGAUUCAAUUGCAUAUUUUGACAAGAUAUAUUUACUUAUAGAGAUACGUUUUUACGAUUUUAAAGAACAGGGUAGCACAAAAAAUGUACAAAUAAUUUUUACUUUGUGCUGUAUUUCAUUUUACUCUGAAUUUUUUUCAUGUAUCUGGUUCUGUUCUUACAGUGAGCCUACUGAAAGUAUCUCAAAUCGUGUGGACAUAUGUUUAUCGAUUUUGUUACUUAAUUUAUAUCCAUUAUAAUACAAUUUUUUAUGUAUGUACAUUCCCUAUUUUGCAGCUACAAAGUAGCAUUAGCUAUGUACUUUGGCCUUUGUACUUAAUGUCCAAAAACAACGUUGUGCCUUCAUUUUUUGUGAUUUUUAUAACUGUUACUAAAAUUUAAAUAUACACAUCAGAA